AUGGCGACCGUGAACGUCACCCCGCUGACGGAGGCGGCCGAGGCCAACAGCACCAAUGGCACGCUGCUGCUCUACCCCUGGGGCGAGUCGCUCUACCCGUCCGGCUACUCCACGCUGCGCAUCGUGCUCACCUCGGUCGUUGUGACGCUCAUCAUGAUCGUGGUCGUGGUGGGUAACAUGCUGGUCAUCAUCGCCAUCGCCACCGAGAAGGCGCUCAAAGGCAUACAGAACUGGUUCAUCGCGUCACUGGCAGUGGCCGAUUUCAUGGUGGGACUGAUCAUUAUGCCGUUCUCGCUGGCCCAGGAGCUGAUGGGCUACUGGCUGUUUGGCGAACUGUGGUGCAGCCUGCACGCCGCCAUUGACGUGCUCGCCUGCACUAGCUCCAUCAACAACAUCUGCCUCAUCAGCCUGGACCGCUACUGGUCCAUCACACAGGCCGUCGACUACCUCAAGAGCCGCACGCCGCGCCGGGCCAUCUUCAUGAUCGCCUUCGUCUGGCUCUUCAGCGCGCUCAUCUGCUUCCCGCCGCUGCUCGGCUGGAGGAAGAAGCGCGUCCAGAGCGACUUCCCAAAGUGCGAGCCGCCCGGUUGA